AUGAAAAUUGACGUCAUUAAAGGUUACGUCUCGAAAAAUCUCCCACCUCCCUCUGAGAAUGAGGAAAGCGACAUUCUUGAGCAUGAGGUUGAGGAGAGCGCUAGCCUUUUCUAUGUUCAUGGUGAUGUGACAAAGCCACAACGAAGUGAUGACGAUACGACAACGCAGUGCCUGAUUUUGCACUGUGUUGAUAACAGCGGUAAAUUUGGCAACGGUGGUAUUUUCUCCGCUCUGCGUGCGAAGGACCCGGCUAUAGCGGAUCGAUACGAGCUCAUUUCACGUAUGGGUGAUAUGAAAAUGGGUGAUUGUCAUCUGGUGGAGGAUGUGAAAGAGCUCAGAGAUAUUUCCGAAGGUGAGGAAGCAACAUCAUCGGGAUGGAAGGAGAAUGUGGUGCUUUUUGUUGCGUUGAGUAGUAAGCAUAGAGACACGCUUCGACCAGCUAUUCUGGAACAGUGUUUUGCUCGAAUCGGAAACUAUGCACGUCAUAAUAACGCCAGUGUUCAUAUGGCACGUAUCGGAUACGGAACCUCACUCAGUUGGUAUACGGUAGAGAGACUUCUAAAAAAAUGCAUAUCAAAUCAUGGUGUCCCAACGUACAUCUACUAUUUCGCUCGUCGUCAACGGCCAGAAAGGCCACGAUCACCUCAGGAAGAUGUGGCCGGAUC